AUGACUAUCAACGGCCGUCCUUUUAGCUUCGAGUCGCGCCGCUGUGUCAACAUCCCCGCCAUGCCGGGUGCAGUCAAGGCUCGCGUGGAAGUCUCUCGACAGCAGGGAAGCGAUGCUGGCAACGCUGCUACGUGCCGCGCAAUCCGGUUCUUCCAGGAUCCCGCGUGCACAGGCCAGACGCUGGACCUUCUCCCCAUCAUCGGCACACAGAGGUGCGCCUUUUAUCCCUGCUCGCAUUGCUUCCAUGCUUUGAACGCCGUUCGGUUGUUCCCCACCAGACGCUGGACCUUCUCCCCAUCAUGGGCGCACAGAGGUGCGCGGCACGCCUUCUAUUCGUGCUCGCCUUGCUUCCAUGCUCGCCUUGCUCCCAUGCUCGCCUUGCUCCCAUGCUCGCCUUGCUCCCAUGCUCGCCUUGCUCCCAUGCUCGCCUUGCUCCCAUGCUCGCCUUGCUCCCAUGCUCGCCUUGCUCCCAUGCUCGCCUUGCUCCCAUGCUCGCCUUGCUCCCAUGCUCGCCUUGCUCUUAACGCCGCUCGGUUGCUCCCCCACCUGACCAACGACCCGCGCACUCGUGGCGCCCUCCCUCCCCCUGUGUGCAGUGUCAAGUAUGUUCCCGGUGUAGUGACGUCCGCCCUCUGCCUCACUGCUCACCUGCCCUCUCUCCCUCUCUCUCGCCCUGCCUGUGCUGCAGAAACCUCACCACCUGCCACCGGCACCACCGGCACCACAGCACCUUCCGGCAACAUUCUGGAAUCCGCCAACUCCGUUUCAGAGUCUGCCCGGGCCAUGCUGGAAUCCACCCUUGGCGUUACAGAUCCUGGUACCGGCACCGCCAUUUCAGGGGUUUCUAAUGCCUCUAUCGAUCCUAGUACCGGUAACAACACUGGCGAAGGACCUGCCGCCACUGACGCUGCAGUUCCUGUGGUCUUCACUCCAGGCACUUUCACCAACGAUGCAGUGAAUCCCACCAAAUCCCCCGAACCUUCCGUGAACGCGUAUGACACUUACACUACUGCUGCCACCGUGCCGGGCUACUGA